UUGACACUUCUGCUGAGGAAAUAAGAGCAUUUCUGGGAGUAACAAUUUGGAUGGGCUUGAAACAAGUACCUGAUCUUUAUGAUUACUGGUCAAACAGUACAGUUCUUUCAGUUGAUGGCAUAAAACAUGUUUUCCCGAGGAAAAGGUACGAGGAAUUGCUCCAUAAUUUACAUUGUGCUGACAAUGGCUCUGCCAUCCCUGCUGGCCAGCCAGGUCAUGACAAAAUUCAUAAGAUUCGAAACGUUUUGAAUAUUCUCAACAGAAAUUUUCAGGACAACUGGACACCACACCAGCAAAACAGUGUAGAUGAGGGAAUGAUUCCAUUCAAGGGAAGAAUUGGGUUCAAACAGUACAUGAAAGAUAAACCUACCAAAUGGGGUAUCAAGGUUUGGAAGUUAGUGGAUUCAGUUAGGGCCUACCUUCUCCACUUCAAAAUUUAUACUGGAAAAACUGAUAAUCCAGGAGCAAAUCUUGGAGAGAAAGUUGUCCUUGAUCUUUGUACUUCUCUUCCAAGGGGUAUUCCCUGGAAGCUGUACUUUGAUAACUUUUAUACAAGUUUGUCAUUAGCCAGUUCACUUCUUGAGCAAGGAAUCUUUUGUACUGGGACGACCAGACCAAACCGGGUGGGGUUUCCUCAUCAACUUCACAUGGCCAGACUCAAAACUGGAGAGAGUAAGUGGAUGAUGAAAGAACCAAGAUUUUUUGCACUGAAGUGGAAGGAUACAAAGGAUGUAUAUGUGCUGUCUACUAUGGCAAAGCCAGGGGUAGAAGAUGUCAGGAGAAAAGAGAAAGGUCAUGUGGAAGGUGUUAUCAAGCAGUGUCCCUCAGUCGUGGUGGACUACCGCAAGUACAUGGGAGGAGUGGAUACAAAUGAUCAACAUCUGUCAUAUUACAAAUGUUCUAGGAAGUCUAGUAAAUGGUGGAUGCCUGUGUUUAUGCAGAUGUUGGACAUGGCAAUUGUCAAUGCAUGGAUUUGUGAGUGUUUUCUCAGGGGAGAUCAUAACUCAAGAAAGCAGAAGGUGUUCAGAGAUGAGCUUGUGGUCUCUCUGUGUGGAAAAUUUACAGGAAGAAAGAAAGUUAGGAGGCCCUCUGGACUCCCAGGACCAAGGUUUGACAAGGCAGAACAUUGGCCUAAGAAAAGAGAACAAAGAGGUUACUGUGCUUGUGGCUGUGGAAGCCGUGGCCGUAUUUACUGUGGAAAGUGCAAUGUUCCUCUGACUAUUGAGUGUUUUGAACUGUGGCACACAACUGCCUAACUGAUGUAUUUUAAAAGCUUUUUCUACUUCAAAUUAAAUUAAGAUUUCCUUUACAAUGAUGUUUAAGUUGUA